CAGUUUUAACUCAAAAUAUCACUCAAUGUAUUGAUUGAUUUUUGCUUAUUUUCUUGAAGGUUAUAGCCAGUUAAACGUCUGGACUGGACUUCAAGCAAGGAGACAUACAGGCUAGCAAAUGCAGGCAUAAAUGGUUAAUACUUCCUUGGUCCGUGUGAAAGCGCCUUCACACACACACACACACACACGCGCGCGCGCGCGCACACAGCUUCUCUGUAAACAUACAGCAGGAUCUUCUCACAGAGGAGCUGAAGAUGGUGCUGUACAGUAGUGUGUGAUGAAAGAUUUUAAAGGCCAGAACUGGAAACAAACCACAGUACAAGCACUAGUGCCUUCCAAGAGGACAUCAUUGUUUUCCCCAUAAGCGUGAAGAACGUUAGGAAGAUUUAGUACUGAACUGCUUAUCAUGAUAGACCUGAGCUACCUGACUGAGGAGGAGCAGGAGGCGAUUAUGGCGGUGUUACAGAGGGACGCAGAGCUGAAGAAGGCAGAGGAAGAACGAGUCAAGCAUUUGCAAAAGCAAGGCCCUGAGGAGGGCAAAUUGAAGUACAUCACAGGGGAGUGGUUUUAUGAGGCAAAGUCUCAGAGACACCAGGACAGAAUUCACGGCUCAGAUAUCAUCAUGGCUUCCAUGAAACAGAAGAAACCCAUGACAUUAGAGUUUUUGACACAGUCAUGGAGAGAGCAACCCAGUAAAACUAAUAACGAUCUCUUGACACCACAACCAAAAUCAACAGACCAUCUAAAGGAAAGUAACAGGAGACGAACAGACAUUCAGCAAGAAAGAGUAAACAGGCAAAGGCACAAUCCGUUUAAUAAUGUGCCACUUGAUCUAGACUUUGAUCCAACUAAUGGAGGCUCAGUGCCUGAACUUAAGAAUCCACCAGCAGAAGUGCUACCUUCACUAGAGACUCAUGAAGGAUCAGAAAUAGAAGCCAAGACCAAAGUGGGUGAUAUUUUACAAGAAACAGCCCCUCGUCAAAAACCUGUGCCAAAAAAACGAACGAAGCUUUUUAAGCUUGAGAACUUGGUUGCGGACAGCACCAGCUCUACCUCCACCCAGAGUGUGUCUACAAGUUCUUCUGUGUCCACACAAAGUGUGUCUGCAAGCUCCAGCAACAAGUCCCCUGUGUCCACCCAGAGCAUGUCUACAAGCUCAGACAGCAGGUCUACUCUGUCCACUCAGAGCAUGUCUACAAACUCAGAAAUCAGAUCCCUUCCACCAAAAAGUAUCCUCAAACACAGUUCCAGCUGCAGCUCCAAUGACUCCAACAUCAAAAGCCAGCUACCUCAACCACUCAAAUCCCUCAGUAGGUUUCCCACAAAGACUGGUCCUGAACAAAUUCUUGAAGAGAAUGCAAUAACCCAGGAGAGGAUAGAAGAGUCUUCUCUCAAUUUAAAAGACAAAGAAGCAUUGAAGCCAACUUCACCACUGAAGUCUACCUUUCCAAAGUCACGACUGCCAGUCCGAUCCUCAUUGCUAUUAAAUAAUCCAACACAGGCAGCUCAAGAGAAGCCAAAAAUUCAGCCACGAUUGAGUCUGAGUUCUAGCACACAGUCAAAUGAUGAACAAAAAACAACAGACAUACUGCAUACAAAGCAAAAAUGUGAAAAUAGUUUAAAUUGGUCAGUCUCUGCAGAAACAGAAAAACAAAAUAUAGCUGAUGGUGUAAUGAAAGAACCUCUGUCCAAUUCUAGAACAAGGCUCUGGUCACCAUUUGAAUCCCUGUUAGCCAAGCCAUUAAAUGAGAGCGCUACCAUUGAAAUCUUACCUAAGAACAUGGAGAAAGACGACAGUAAGACAUCCAAGAAGGAACAUGAAAAGACAGAAGAAAAGGGGGCCCAUCCUUUGGACAACACAGCUCAAUUUGUAUAUGAAGCCAGCAACCCAACUAAUGCCACCAAUAAGACUGAUGCUUCACCUGUGGCACAUGAAAGUGACUACAGGCCACGUCCAUUCAAUAAAAAGAUAACUAGAGACACAAACAUGAAAACAGUGGAUUGCAAAGAUCCUCUCAUGGUGAAUUGCCAUUCUCCCAAAGCCUCUGAAGGACAGGGAGACUCCAUUGCUAAAGUUCUAGAAUGGUUCAGCAGGAGCUCAGACAGCAGUGAUCAACAUGACUGUGAGGACAUUAUGCAAAACACUGAGGAUGAUAUCAAUAUAGAGGACAUUGACAUUGAAGAUGAGAUCAAUUCAAGACCCAAACCAGAGAACAAUGUUUACUUGAUCAUUCCAAGACAUAGGGAUGAGGAUAAUGCUAUGGUGAAUGAUAUAUUUUUCAAAGAGAGAGAUUUAGCAGUAGAGCUGAAUGUGGAUAAGAAAGAGCCUUCUAUAAAUUCUCAGGAUGUUAAGGAACUAAUUGUUCAGACUAAGCCACUGAACAGGGAAGCACUUCCUACCAUGGGAUCAUCCACUCUAUUCAGCCACAGAUCAACACAGGACACCUCUAAUAGACUGUUGGACCCUCAAAAAACAACUCCAAAAGAGAAAGUGCUAGAGACAGCUAGCAAAAAAGAAGAAAGCAGAAAUGCUGACAAGACAGGAAUUCCAGACAGUAAACCCACUCAACAUGAACUGGCAGACCUUGAGGAGAGUCAUUCACCAGAAAUUGCCAAUUUGAGGUCAGUGUGUGAUAGAGGUACCACUGAGGUAUCAAGGAUGCUAGUGAGUAAACCAAACAUAAAUUCUGAAAAGGAAAAUCUUGACCAAAAUAAUGCUGUCAGGAAGGUGACUGAGUAUGAAGAGGAACCAACUAAAGUUGACAUUAUACAAAAAUAUUCAGUACUUGAGAACCAGGAACAAUCACAGCUAAAGGACAUUUCUAAUGUAGAUGAGAUACAAGCUGAUGACAUCACCUAUGAACAUUUAAAUAAAAAAGAAGCUAGUGUCAGAGAUAAAGCAAAAGAUAUGCAAGCACCAAUGAGUAAUAUAAAUCAAAUGAAAGAUAUAAUGGCUCUGAGAACCACCUCGGACAAAGAUGGUAUGAAACUUUUGGGCCAAAAAUCCUCAUCUUCACUAGACUUUGGGCUCCAGAUAGGAGACCACAGCAAUGAAAAUGUUGGAGAAAAUGUUAAUAGUAGUGAGGAAGGACAUACGAAUGCAGCAGAACUAGAUCAAAAAGUAAAGACAGAGGAAAAAGAUUCACAGCUAAAACCUCCACCAACAUCUGGUGUUCACUCACAGCAAGAAAAUCCUGUCCCAUUAGCAAAGCAAAGCAGGCAGCAACAAGACAUCAGGGCAGAAAGGAUAAAAGAGCUCAAAUCAUUCUGGGAAAGAGAGAAAUUGCAAUCAAAGAUAUGUAUGAAAUCAACAGCAGCAAAUGACACAAACUCAUCUGUGACAUCUACAAAGCUGAAUAAAAGGUUCACCAAAUCAGAAUAUGAUCUUAGAUCCAUUGGCACAGAAUCAGAGGCAGAAACUGCUAAUUUUACAGUUGUUCCGCUACGAGACAGAAUAGAGAAGGCAGUCACAGGAGAAGGUAUGAACAGAGUACAGUUCAAGAUGCUCCGUGACUUCUGGGCAGGAACUAGCAAGCAGUCAUCCAAUUUUGAAAACAAAAUUCAAAACCCAUUAAGUCAUGAAGUUAGUCAUGGAAAAACUCAUGAAAAGGUAACUCAUCAUGAACUGGUGGAUGCAAAGCACUCUUUCAAUCAAAAUGUUUGCCCAAACCAGUCAGAUAAAGGGUUUGGAAAUGAUAGUGAAAAUGCUAUGCCUCCAAAGACAGACAGAGGGCUCCAAUCACCUUUAAAAGAGAAAACUGUUGUCAAAUAUCCUGAUACUGGUACCACAGCUAACUUGAAUAUCUCUCCAGCUGAGCCUGCUGUUCUGAGACCAUCCCAUUGUCCUCAGCCAAAUAGUGGCUCACAGUUAUCUCCUAAAGAUCCAGCAUCUCGUAAAUGUCCAGGGAUGCUCAAUAAAGAAUCACUGCAGCACACUAGAGGUAGUGGCAAAGGAAGAGUAAAUUCACUUCGACGUGCCACCAGCAUGUUUGCAAUAAACAUGGAAAGUCAAGGUCAAGAUUUACCCUUGCAGUCCAAGAAAAUAUCUGAGACACUCCUCCCACAGCUUGGACAUACAACAGAAAGUACUGUGGUACCAUCCACAAAAACACCUGAAGCUAAUUUAGAGGUGAAAAAGUCUCCAGAAAUCACCAAGAAUAAGCAUAAAGCCAUUGACAAAAGCACUUCUGAGGAUUCUGAUUCUCAACCACUUGCCAGGUCUUUUGUUCCACGAGACUACCAGCAUUACCUGGGAAUCACAGAAAACAGAAGCAAGCACAUUUCUCCCCAAGUUAAAGAGCAGAUAAGUGAAUUAGUCUGCACCUCAUUUCAGACAGGUAGCGUGAGGUGCUCUCCUGAGCAAGCUGACACUCCCCUAGACUCUGCAGAACUUUGUACCAGCAGAGGGAUCAUGGGACUGCGACCCAGUGCACAUGCUGGUGAAGAGACCUUAAACAGAGUUGAUUCCUUCUCUGGGACAAGUGGGAACUGUGUGAACUCAGUCACUGAGGGGAGCCUAGUUCAGGAAGUGCUGAGACGGGCGGCCACUAGACCUGUAUACCAUAAAAGCCUUGAAGACAUUACUGCAGUACCAAGACAAACUAGAAAAAGCAAACACAUGGAUGACUUCAUGCCUAGCAGCUAUGCACUCUCCAGCACUCCAUCACCAUCCUCAUCUUCCUUCUCAGAUAAGGAGCACUUGAGGAAAAUCAGCAAAUCUGUUCCUUCUUUCCUGGAGAAUGAGAAUGAUGGAGAUGUGAGUGACUCAGAGUGCAGCUCCCACAGUGGCAAGCACUGGAAGAACAGCAGCCCCCAAGCUAAACUUAACAGCAACUUGCGAACGUCCACAGUAUCUUCGAUGAGUGGGAGCAUAAUGAGCAUUUCCAGUGCGGACUUUGCAAAUGUUAACGUUCAAGGGACCAUCCAGUUUUCAAUCAACUAUGUCCAGAAGCUGAGGGAGUUCCACAUCUUUGUAGUUCAGUGCCAAAAUCUGGCUGCAGUAGAUGUGAAGAGGAAUCGAUCUGACCCGUAUGUUAAAAGUUAUCUUAUACCUGACACUGCCCAUUUGGGAAAAAGAAAAACAUCAGUGAAAAAGAAGACCUUGAACCCAACAUAUAAUGAGAUUCUAAGGUAUAGAGUUCAAAUGGAUUACCUAAAAACCCAGAUCCUUAACCUAUCUGUUUGGCACAAUGACACAUUUGGUCGCAACAGCUUUCUGGGAGAGGCAGAGAUUGAACUUUUCAAGUGGGACUUUGGAAACCCUCGGAUUAACUGCUUAUCCCUCAAACCAAGGACCAGGAGUAGCAUUCUGCCCAUAGAUGAUAGAGGCGAGAUGAGACUGGCCAUACGGUUCUUACCUCACAUCUCCCUCUCAAAAUCAGUCCUAGGCUCAGGUGAAAUUCACAUCUGGGUCAGAGACUGCAAGAACCUUCCUGCGAUCCGAGGUGUAACUAUAAACCCAUAUGUGAAAUGUUUUGUGCUGCCAGAUACCAGCAAAAAGAGCUGCCAGAAGACACGGUUGUUAAAGAGGACAGCAAGUCCUGUGUUUAACCACACAAUGGUGUAUGAUGGAUUCAGGACAGAGGACCUGAAGGAGGCCUGUGUGGAGCUCACAGUGUGGGACCACGAACGACUGGCUGAUCACCUGGUGGGAGGACUGAGACUCGGCCUGGGAUCAGGGCAGAGUUAUGGGGCAAACGUGGAUUGGAUGGACUCCACUGAUAAGGAGGUGGCGUUAUGGCAAAGAAUGAUGGAUUCACCAAAUGAGUGGGUGGAGGAUGUGUUGCCUUUGAGAAUGGUGAUGACAGCAAAAAAUACUUAAAAAAAACAUUGUUUGAAAUUGUCAGAAUGCAAGAAAAUACACUCACAAGCACUUUAUUAGGAAAACCAUACUAAUACGUAGCAGUGCCUCCCUUUGCUCUCAAAACAGACUCAAUUCUUUGUGGCAUGGAUUCCACAAAAGAUUCUGGUCCAUGGUGACAUGAUUGCAUCACGCAAUUCCUGCAGAUUUCUCAGGUACACUUUCAUGCUGCGAAUCUCCCGUUCUAUCACAUCCCAAAGGUGUUCCAUGGAUUCGGACACGGUGACUGGGCAGAACAUUGAACUCAUUGUGAUGUUCAUGAAACCAGUCUGAGACGACUUUUAAUUUGUGUCAUGGUGCAUUAUCAUACUGGAAAUAACCAUUAGAUGAUGGGUAAAUUGUGGCCAUGAAGGUAUGCACAUGGUUAGCAACAAUACUCAAAUAGACUGUGGCAUUCAAGUAAUGAUUUAUUGGUAUUAAUGGGUCCAAAGUGUACCAAGAAUACAUUCCUUACACCAUUACACCACCUCCACCAGCCUGGACUGUUUACACAAGUUGGAUUAGGUCCAUGGAUUCAUGCUGUUGGUGCCAAAUUCUGACCCUACCAUCUGUGUGCAUAAGCAGAAAUUCAUCAGAUUAGGGUUUGAUGAACCAGUCUGGCCAUUCUCCAUUGACCUCUCUCACCAACAAAGCAUUUCUGUCCACAGAACUGCCGCUCACUGGAUGUUUUUUCUUUAUUGCACCAUUCGGAGUAAACUCUAGAGACUGUUGUGCAUGAAAAUCCCAGGGGAUCAGCAGUUAUAGAAAUACUCAAACAAGCCCAUCUGGCACCAACAAUCAUGCCAUGGUCAAAGUCACCGAGAUCACAUUUUUUCUGCCUUCUUAUGGUUGAUGUGUUCAUUACCCGAAGCUGCAUUACCUGUAUCUGCAUGAUUUUAUUCACUGCCAUAUGAUUGGUUGAUUAGAUAAUUGCACAAAUUAAUAUUUGUACAGGUGUUCCUAAAAAAGUGCUCAGUGAGUGUAUGAAUAGUAUUUUUAAUAAUAUUACUCAGUACUUCUAAUCAUUUAGUAACAUUAAAGAAGUGAAUAUACAUUACAUUAGCAUUUUUACAACCACCCUGUUGAUAUUUAAAAGCAUAUUUUUUAUAUUCAGCUUUAGAUUGUGGAGGAUAUUUGAAUCAAUUAAACCGGGUUGCACACCGGACGAGAAGCGCAGUUCCGUGCCACGCCACACCAUGUCUUUAAAAGUCGAAUGCAUUGUUUUCUAUGAGUGUACGCACACCAGCAGCUCCACUCGGCGGUGCCCAGCUACAACUCUGGAGGCUGCUCAAAAUCCUGCCAUAGCAUAGAUUUGCAUUCAAUUACAUUAUAUUUGUCCUAAAUCGUCGUUAAUGUACAUGCUGACUUCACCUAGGCUGCAAAAUACAUUUAUACUUUUACAUUCAUAGUUUUACAGCUUGAAUAAAGUCUAAACAUAUAGGGGAAAAUGUAUAAUAAACAUAGCCCUGCUUGUUACUGCAAGUUUUUCCUUUGGUCCAUUUGGUGUUUGGUAAUUUAUGGGUAUCCCUGUGAUGUCAGGUCCAAUAACUGACAGCAGAUCCUCCAUCUGAUCUGAACUCGUUCUGAAGUACAGCAGGUGCUUUCUGGGCUUAAUUGUAGCUCCUGAACAAGGUGGUGAUAAGCUCCAAAUUGUUUUUUCAAUUAGAGGGUGUACCCAAAUUGCUCCUUUUUUGUAGUUGAUGACGUAAAAGUAGCAGCACAGCAGGUUUGUGUUGUUUGUUUUUUGUUGUUGUAAGACAUAUUUUUAUUUGUUUGGUAAGAAUCGGAAAAACAGGGCAUUGAUUAAAAAAAAAAGAUCUUCAUACUGUAGGUUACUCGAUUCUACCACGUCGACGAAACUAUAACUUUACAAAACGUUAAAUAUAGGUUGCAAAGAAAUAAUACAUCACCAGUUAUGUAUAAAAUAUGUUUUUUAGAUAGACAUGUACAUAUCAAAUAACCUCUUUGGUUAACGUUUCCAAUUGGGCUAGCUAGCUAACGAUAUCUAAAUAAAUAGAUAGUUACUACUGUUACUAUGUAACUUCAACUUCUACAUAGUUGCAUAGACAACAGAUACAACAAAACAAUAACAGAUUUACCAACAUGAUAUAGAGCCUAUUUAUUGAUUAACGUUCAAAAGACACCUAUUAUUCAAUUUUAAUAUAAAAAAUUAUAUUAAAAUAAAAAAGAAGUUAAAACUCACCCAUCUUGCAUCAGGAGUCUUGAGUUUGAGCGUACAGAAUGUGUGCGUGUCCGGUGUGCGAUAAGUGUGAGUUGUCCUACCCAUGAUGCGGCACGGCCCUGCGCUUCUUGUCCAGUGUGCGACCGCCUUAACAGCAUUUGGUGUUACCUACUUUGUCAGCAACUGUCAUACCUAUGGUCAUUUUAACUGAAAUUUUAAAUUCACCUAAUAAACUGAUGUUUUAUGAAAUGAUAAAAGUUUCUGCCACAUUGGGCUUGUCUUAUGAUGCAGAAUUUAUUGUUUAGCAAACUUCCAGUUUGGUGGUUUACUUCUUAAUAGAUUACAUCACAAUUGUAAUGUUAUGCCGCACACAUAAUCUGCACUAUGUCACGUUCAGGAUUACAGACUGUAAACAGCUGUUGAAUUAGCUGUCAGAAUUUGUUUCCUUAUGUAGGCCAUUAAGCUUCCACAGUGCUAAAAGUUUGACCACUUCUUGAAAAUUUAGGAUUUAAGAGCAUGUAUUGUUAAAUGGUCAAUUGAUGGUUAUUUAGAAACCACCAUAAUCCCUUGUGUUUUCCCUGAUUUGUUUUUAUAUAUACGCAAUAUAGAACUUAUAUAAAGGGAGUAUUAUAUCUUUUACAGUUUUAGUCUGUGAUAUUGGACAUUCCACUCAACACUAUGACUAUAUCAUUGCUCAGUUCAAAGUGGUUGUCAGCUGGCAGAAGCGGAUGCUGUUGCAAAAAUAGUGCUUUUAUUGAAAGAAUUGGACCAAACAAAUCCAAAAUGUGAGACAAAAUGAGGAAUUGGACCCAGUCCUCUUGGUUUGUGGCACAGAAGGUUCUCAGAAACCUGUCAAUUUCUUGGCUCACUCAACUUGGUCGUUGGAUUGUGGGUGGUACUCAGAGGUGAACUGUGAACUGUGUGCCUCUAUGAUGUCCUCCGGGAUACAAAAGUAUCUGAAUGUGUGUUAAACGAUGCUCUCAGCUGUGGCAAAGGCAGGUAGUAGGCUGUGUAGAGGAUUUGAGGCACAGUAAUUUUGAGACUCAUGGUGAUGAUCAUUAUGAUCAUGUUACCUUGCGAAGAGUGGAGAUCAGUCACAAAGUCAUUAGCUAGAUGGAAUAUAUUUAUUGAGGGGCAUGACUCUGAAAUGUAUUGGUCUUGUGAUUGGGCUACUUCCCAGUCAGUGUCCCAUGAAAUGGCACCCACAAAGCAUGACUACCAUCUGUGUGCCUAAGCAGGAAAUGAGAUUCAUCAGACUAGGGUUUUCCAGUCUUCAUUGUUUUGUCUGGGGGGGUGUAGGAUAUAGUCAUGAUAGGGACUCUGCAUUGGUCAUGACAUGACAUUUGACAUGCUCCAUGUGAGACUCCAUGGAAGAGAAGUAUAUGAGAAUAUUGUCAAUGUAAGUGAUCAUGAACUUGCCCAGAAUGUCUCUAAGGAUGUCACUGAUCAGGCAUUGAAAGACAGACGGUGCACAAGAAGGGCCAUAUGGCAUCACAAAAUACUUGAAGUGGCCAGAGGUGAUGCUAUAGGCCAUUUCCCAUUCGGAUGCGGAUGAAUUUGUAUGCACUGCACAAAUUUAGUUGAGUAAACUAAACACCCCUGUGACGUUUCAGGUGCUGAUCCAGACAGAUGUAAAGAUCAACAGGGGAGUCUAGGGUUGCUUGGUCAUCUUGGCAGUUUAGCUCUGUUAAAAAAUGUCCUGUUGCAAGCCCUGCUGAUAGACCAUUUUGGGGGCCAAUUCAUUCCCUCCACUACUUACAGCCAGCUUUACGAAUUGUAGGGCAUGUUGUAUGGCAUAUCAGUCACCUGGCUUCUCCUUACCCUCUCCUUACCAUCUGAUGAGUAAUGCUCAAUGAAGCAGUGACAGGAUGAAAUGUGUUUGUCAUCCUGAUUCCACAUUAUUGUAGCCCAGGUGGCAAUCUUGUUGGACAGAAGGUCAAUGAAUUGUACAAUCUUGUGUCAUCUGGAAACUCCUUUUUGUUUGAAUAAUAUAAGGAGCACUGCAACUUGAACCCUUUACCUAAGCCAGGAUCACUGGUAUAUUUCUCAGGGUGUGAGAUGGUUGUCUGUCUCCACUCCUUUUUCAUCAAUGAAGUACCCUUGGAACUUGACAGCACUUUGGUGAAACUCAUAUUUCACAUACAUACGUUUUACAUACAGGUUGUUGUCUAGGACUUUAGUCAGAACCACAUGUACCCGGGUAAUGUGUUCAGCUUUGGUCCAGGAGUAGAUCAGGAUAUUGACUAUAUAGGUGAUGACACAUGAAUUCAAGAAGUCCUGGAGCACUUCAUGAAAGCUUGGAACACUAUAGGAGCAUUAAUGAGCCCAUAUGGCAUGAUGAGGUAUUCAUAGUGUUCGGUGUUCAUCACAAAGGCAGUUUUGCAUUCAUCUCCUUUUCAGUUACAAAUCAGGUUAUAUGUACUUCUGUUCUGCAACUUUGUUCAACUAAGGUCGGAGUCUGCCAUCUUUCUUUUUCACAAAGAAACUGGUUGUGGCUGGUGAGGUGGACAGGUAUAUAUAGCCCAGUGUCAGUGCUUUGGAAAUAUAUUCUUCCAUAGCUUUGGCCUCAGAGAGUGAAUGUGGGUAUACAUGCCCCCUUGCACCAGUCACUAGCACAAUAGUGUCUUUCUGAUAGUGGAGUCAUGAACAAUGAACUUUAUUGAUGCAAGAGAGGCCUGUAGUUCCUUUGAUGUUGUCCUUGGCUCUUUUCUGACUUCCUGGAUGAAUCGUUGCUGUGCUCUUGGAGGAAUUUUCGAAGGUCCACUACUUCUGGGAACGUUCAUUGCUGUGAAUCAGGCCUGGUUGUGUCUAGUCCAGCUGAAACCCAUUAUGAAUGCAGUUUCAUAGAUUUAGGAAAUUAGUAGCUACAGGGGCAAAUUCAUUUUCACACAGGCCCAGUUAGUAUGGGAUAACUUUUUAGCUACAAUAAAUAACAUUAUCAUUUAAAAACUGUAUUCUGUGUUUACUCGGGUUGCCUUUGUUUUAUCUUAGAUUUUGUUUUCAUUUCUGAAACAAUUUAAU